UUUUUUUUCAUUGUCAAACUCGUUACAUCAGUAGCACGGGGUCGCUCCUCUGGUACUUAAAUUAAUUUCGGUUAAAAGGACGCCGUUUAAUCAGGAAUUCCUCGCUGUGUCACUUAAUUAAAGCCGAAACCGACCCCCCCUUUUCUUUCUCCGCCUUGGUUGGGGGUCGGGACGGAGUGAAGCGUCCAGCCGAUAGGUUGUGUUAAUCAGGUCAAAAACCUUCAAAACGAGCGCGUGCCUGCAACAGCGAAAACAAGAUGGUGACUCUGACUGCAGCUGUCAGACCGCUGGUGCCUCACCUUCGCCGACAGCUUGUUAGACACGGGCAGAGUCACCGGAUAACGCCCGUACGGAGAUGCAACCUGACUGCGUGCUCCAGCAAAUAUGUGCUGUCUCCAAUGCAUCCCAUGUGGCAGGGACCCCUUGCGGUACCAGGAGGAGACCGCCAGUCCCCUAUCGACAUCGUGGUGAGGAAGAGCAUCUUUGACGGCGAGCUGAAGCCCCUGGUCACCAGUUAUGACCCGCACACCUGCCAGCAAAUCUGGAAUAACGGUUAUUCCUUCCUGGUGGAGUACGACGACACGACCGACAAGUCCACUCUGAAAGGAGGCCCCCUGAAAGACAAGUUCAGGCUCUGUCAGUUCCACUUCCACUGGGGGGAGACCAAUGCUUGGGGGUCGGAGCACACGCUGGACCGGAAGCUUUUCCCGGCAGAGCUGCAUCUGGUCCACUGGAACUCGGACAAGUACAGUCUGUUUGAGGAGGCAGUGAUGGAAGAUAACGGCCUGGCUGUUAUCGGAGUUUUCCUGAAGGUGGGGAAGAGACACGAGGGGCUGCAGAAGCUGGUGGACGCACUGCCUGCUAUCAGACACAAGGACAGUGUGGUGGAGUUUAACCGGUUCGACCCCGCCUGCCUGUUACCCACAAACACCGACAACUACUGGACUUACCACGGCUCCCUGACCACGCCCCCUCUGACGGAGUCUGUCACCUGGAUCAUCAUGAGGCAGCACAUUGAAGUCAGCCAUGACCAGCUGGCAGUCUUCCGGAGCCUCCUGUUCACCUCCGCCGAGGAGGAGGUCCAGAGGUCCAUGGUGAACAACUUCCGUGUGCAGCAGCCUCUGCGGGGCCGCACCGUGCGCUCCUCCUUCAUUCCCUUCCUGCAGGAGGCGCCGGCGGAGCACGACGAGCCGAUGCCCUGAUGCGGGUCACAGUAACGAACCCCCAUCGCACAAACCCCGCCCACUCAAACUGAAACUCUGACUCUGUUCACACCGAUGAAGGGACGUCUGCUGUGAGAGGCAGACCAAAUACUGUCAGCGCUCAUCCUCGGUCGCGUCAGGUUCUACCUGCCGAGCUGCAGGAAAAUCACAGCGCCCCCUGGUGGUGCUUUUAUCCUCAGAAGCUGUUCGUUUUUACACGACUUUAGCAAACUGCUGUGUUCGGAAAAUGCAAUGUAAAUCUCUGAUUCCAGAAAGUUGUGGUCGUCUGUUACAGAGAGCUUAAUUGUAGAUACUACGUUUAGUGAGUUUUAACUGAUUUUCUUUUUUAAUAUGCACAAACAAAAUACACGGAUGCACCUCGGAAAUAAACCCAAGUGCCUUCAGUGUAUGGGAGAUUCCCCUUCAGCUAAGGAAGGGUCCAAUCACACAGCCUCACCCUUUCAGUGGUCCUUCAUUCAUUUUAGUCAUUCUUCAAACACUGUUUUGAUUCUGCAGAUGAGGAAUUUUGUAGCUAAGAACAUGCGUUGCCUUAUCUCAGUGUUUUUGGUUCUACUUAGGCCCAGACGCUGCGCUAAGCGCAAAGCGUGCGGCACUGUUAGCGAGAUGAGGGCAGAUGUGCAGAUAAGAGACGCCGCGGGCGGUCCAGUCAUGUCUGGCAGCGCUAAAAACUCACGGUUGGCUUGUAAAUCUCUCGGAAACAACGGUGCAGACACAAUGCUCGCUCUUCUUCCUUACGCCGAAGGCCUUACUAGCAGCGUGAGGGUCAAACUCAUCCUGAACGCCACAGAAACGUCAGUGAAAGAGGCCACAGGGAGGUGAAGAGGUUUUAUUUUAGGUUCUAACAAGGAAAGGAAAGAAUUGCUCUGCCUUCAUCCUCACACAUUUGUUACUCGUCUUCAUCGGCUCAUCUAAAGCCAUUUCAUGCCUUUCAUUCUGUCGAAACGCAGCUAACUUCAGGAAUGAAGCCCUCGGCCUCGUGGAGCUUGCUCCCAUGUUUUAGCAGAUGGAUGUUGUGUAUCCUACAAACUGUUUGUUCAGUCUGUAGCCAACAUUCCUGCCCUGUGGGGUCCCGCCGGGCCCCUCUCUCCUCCCAGCAUUCCUUGCUCCACCUGGAUUGGCUUCAAGACCUCCAUCCAUCCAUUCGGCCAAUGAGCAUUCUGCUUCCCGUGACCCUCCCGCUUCCCACGGGGGGGUGCUGCAAACCACCCAUCUGUGAUGUAAAUAUGACUUUUAAAGAAACGUGACUUUAUUGACUCAUUUAUAUCAAUAAACAUGUGUGGAGUCAAAGCAGA